GGUGAGCGGCAUGCCCGCUCGGCGGCCCCCCUCCUGCUAGGCUCCCGUCGGCACCGAGGAGGCGGCGGAGGAGGAGCGGGGUCUGCGGCCGCCCGCCCGCCCCGUCGCAGCGCUCCCCCGCCGCCGCUGCAGCCACCCGCGGGGGAGGCCAAGAUGGCAGAGGCGUCGCCCCCCACCCCGCUCUCACCUCUGGAAGUGGAGCUAGACCCCGAGUUUGAGCCACAGAGCCGGCCCCGCUCCUGCACCUGGCCCCUGCAGAGGCCCGAGCUGCAGGCCAGCCCAGCCAAGCCCGCCGGCGAGCCGCCCGCCGACGCCGCCUCCAUGAUCCCCGAGGAGGAGGACGACGAGGAGGAGGGGGGCGGCUCGGCCAUGGCCGUCGGCAGCACGGCCCCCGCGGGCAGAGAAGCGGCGGCGGCCACCAGCGUCCCGGAGGAGGCGGCGCGGCUGCUGGCCCCGCUGCCCGGAGCCGGCCCGGAGGGGCCAAGCCUCUCACCGGGUGGAGCGGCAGCAGGAGGUGGGGGGCUGACCGGGGGCCCGGCGGCAGCACCGAGGAAGUGCUCGUCUCGGCGCAACGCGUGGGGCAACCUCUCCUACGCCGACCUCAUCACCCGCGCUAUCGAGAGCUCCCCGGAGAAGCGCCUCACCCUCUCCCAGAUCUACGACUGGAUGGUCCGCUGCGUGCCCUACUUCAAGGACAAGGGUGACAGCAACAGCUCGGCCGGCUGGAAGGCCCUCAAACUGACACAAGAUGUAGAAAGAGAACCCUUUGCCAAAUCUGCUGUCAGCAAGUGGACAGUGAUACUGUUUACAGCUUACGACCUUUGUGAACCCUGCAUUAUUUUCCUAAUGAAGCAGACUGUUAACAGCCCCUUAUCGGAGUGAAGAUCCUCUUUUUUCUUUUCUUUUCUCUUUUUUUUUUUCUUUUUUUUUUUUUUGAGAUUUGAACUAAUUCUGAAGUAUGCAAAAUCUUCCUUUUCUGGGAUGGCCAAGCACCUGCUGUGGAGACAAUGUUCAGCACCAUCCUGUUGAGAACACACUGUGUAGCCUUUACAGUAGUUACUUAUCAAUGAGUAUGUGGUGUUUCAAUAUAUUAAUGGUUUAUGGGAUGUUUUAAGUUGGCUUUUCUUUUUGGAGGUUUUCCUUUCUGCCCACCCUCCUCUCUGCAAACUCCAGUUUGAUUUCCUUUAGAUUUUUGACCAUUUUUGCUUUCUCUCCCUGGGGAAUCUGGAGUACUGUGCACAAGCAAGGAAAUAUUGUUCAGACGUCAGGGGUUUCUAAAUAUACAGCAUUUGUUAUUACCCAUCAACCGGGUGAAUUCCAGAGAGAGGUGAUGUGUGUGGUCUGUUUGUUUGUUGGAUUGGUUGGUUUGUUUCUUUCUUAUUCUUCCCUUAAGUUUGAUGGUACACCCCUGUUUUCUGUUAAGUGUCAAACCAGGGUUGAUCGCAAAACCAGGGAAGCCAGCAAGUUUGCCUCUUGGCCUGUGAGGAUGGACUGACAGCGGGUGCUGUUGUCUGCACAUGCAUGGAGGCAAAGCCUGACGGAACAGGCUCCUCUCCCGCCUUAAGUUAGCAAGGCUGCCCCUGCUGCUGCAGCAGGCUGGUAGGGAGUUAUAAGCUGAGCUGCCAGACAAAUUGAACAUAGCCACCUCUAAAGAUGUGCUUGGAAAAGCAAAAAUGAAAAGAAAUAAUGCCACUUUGGAGAAAAGCUAAGGUUAGAGGCUGGGCAUCAGCAGGGGACUUGCAGUGGCAAUGCCAGGAGUUGAGGCACAGGUUGUCGCAGGGUGUAUUACUACAUCAGUGAUCCUUUUGUUUGUUUGUUUUGGACAUAUCCUUGAUUAUUUUUUCCUUCUUACUACGUAUAAUCUGUUAUGGCAGGAGAAGCAGGAGAAGGAAUGACAAGGUGACAGUAUCAUACAAAUGGCUUUUCUUGUGAGCAUAGAUUGUAACAGGAUAAAUGACACUGAAAGACAAGGCAGUUUUAUAUAUUUUGCUUCUAAGAUUUUCUUUUGUAAAAUGAAUAAUAAUUAAUAAUAAUAAUAAUGAAUAAAAGGUAUGGUGCUGUAUAGAUCCUCUCUAUAAUCUGGAAAGUUUGAUUACUUUUUAUUAGUAUCUUGGGGGGGGAGGGAUACAAAGAGGGGAAAACACCAAUGGUACAUAGGAACUCAGUAUGAAGAGGUUCUGAAUAGGACAGUGUAUACCUAAUUCUCCAAAGCGAUAUAUGAAGUUUUUUUUGUUUGCAUAAAAGCAUUAUGCGUAUAAAUAUAUAAAUAUAUUUUAUUAUGUACAGAAAUGGAUCAUUAUGCAUGGAUGUUAGGAAAACAAACUAGCAUUUUAACCCAAAGUCUCAGUGCAUGAGUUCCCACUGGCCCGUGUCCCAUGCAAUGUGGAGUGACUCCCUCUCGCCACUGACACCACACAUGCACAGUCACGUGCGCACGCACACACACACACACACACACACACACACACAAGCAUUCGUGGGCCUUUCCUUGCUCCUUACGUUCCAGGUCCCCAAGGUGAUAUUGGUGAAACAACAGCUCCUAGUGUGAUGGAAGUUUUGGUUUUGUAUCGUAGCCCCCACGCUGUAAAGAUGCACCUCCUGGUUUCUCCCCGCAGUUAUGACUGUGUAGAAUUUGUGCAGUUGUGGUAAUCGUAGCCCUGUAGCAUAUCAACUCUUCCAAGCAGCCAAGGGUUUAUCGUUUGCCUUUUAUACAAAUGUCUUUUUCUUUUCACACGGAGGUGGUCUAUUUGUCAGCGUGGGGACUAGUUUAUUGUGUUUAUUGGAGUUAGGUGAUGCUCAUUGCCCAUCUCGAUCAGCAGCCAGCUGCCCAGGAUGCUCAUGUUGUACAGCAGCCACCUAGGCUAGAGGUUGCAUUGCUCAUCGGAGUCCAGGCACCUUCUACCAAAACUGGUCAAGAGCUUUCUCAGCAGCCUCCUCCGAUGUGUAGCAUUAGCUCUCAGCUUCCCAGUACAACCCAAAACAUGACUGUACACUGAAGGACUUCCCUCUGGUGCUGCUUCCCCUGAGGUUCUUGUGGCUGCUGCCCUGCAGCUGAGCUUGUUCCCGUGCCUCAUGUUUUUGGCUGCCACCAGAGCUCACACUGUGGCUCCCUGUGCUGGGACACAGCAUUUGGCCCCUUCACAGGUGAGCCUCUGGUGAGAUCUGGGUGCCUGCCUGAACACCAUUGGCCAGGUCGCUGACAGCACCAGUAAGGCCUGACUUGGUGAUAUGGCCAAGGUGACCAGAAUCCAUCCUUUCAUUUUUUUCUCUUGGUAUAGAUGCAGUUCUUGUCAAAGACAAGGGAAGGACCAUUACCUUAAACCAGAUGAGAGCAACUUUUGCUCUGCUAUGGGAGGCUAGUCCCGUGGAGUUCAACAGAGCUACAUUUUGCUGGCAGAAAUGAGAGAGAAAAUGAUGGUCUGCUCUAUUUAGGAAAUGGAGAAAACUCCCUUGAUUUAGAGACAGCCUAUCAAUGGCAGGCAAUGAAUAAUAAAUAAAUAAACAAGGAAAGCAUUAGCAUCCCAAAGGCUUAACCUGCCUCCCAGCAGUGUCAAGGGCAGCAUUUCCACUGGCAGGGCUGGGACCAUUUGGGCCCCUGCUUUGGAGAACAUGCUGGCGCUCAUUGAAGAUGAGUGGAUUUGGCCAACCUCUUUGGUUUGGUUUCUGUUGCCCAUCUUUGGGGCCAAAAUCUUCAAGCAGGAAUGCCUGGAGUCAGGCACCCAAUGUCAGGGACUCCAGCAUGGUUGCAGUGGGUGAGCGGCUCUGCCCUCAUUGCUUCUUGAAGGAGGGAGAGGUGCCAGGUCCCCUCAGGCCCAGAGGAAGGUCACCACCCUCUACACCCGCUGAGGUGCCCAGCAACACCCUCCCUUCCAGAGGUGCUAGAUAAAUCUCACUGAAUUCAAAGGGCCGCUUACUUAGGUGUCAAAAUACAGACUUGAAUGGCUAAUUCUGGGAGCCUACCUUUUGAAAAUUUGGCCUUUGAGUCUUUGAACAUGUUUAUGAUAAGAAGUUUUCCUUCUGAAACUGUGUAAAGCAGAUAAAGGUGCAGAACAAAGACAUAGUCACUGUUUAAACACUUGGUAUAAAAAAAGGUCUAAAAAGGUGACGUUUAUGCAGUUCCUAGUCACAGGUUUGGGACUUGAUACAAUGAUUUUGUAAAAAAAUGUUAUCUUGACAAUAGUGGGAUAGUUGACCACUGCUUAACUCCAGACAUUUUUGUGCCACCGCUUCAAAAAGUUCUUUUUUAGGUCAUGUAUUUCUCUAAAAUGAUGUCAUUGCUUGGCAAUUGGUGUCCUGUAAGCGUUUCCAGUACAUGACAUACCUUUGGAAUUGCCAACACAUGCGAAGGGGGACCAGAUACAUUUCGUUACUAUGGGCUGGAAAAAAUGGAUUGUACAUUUGGCUUCACAUGUUUAACUUUUUUUAAGGAAAAAAAAGUUGCAUGAUUGGAAAAAAAUAUGUAUACAGUAUCUGUAGAACUGUUUUAUCUGUUUUUGUUUCAAGCCAUGUAAAUUGGAAGAAUAUUAAAUCCACAGCCUUAUCGCGCAUGGCCGUCGUUACAUACCGAAGAGCUGAACAGUUUAUACUUUUCAUUUGGGCUAUCUUGUACUUUCAUUUGAAAGCAGACACUGUCACGUUGCAGUCUUACUGAGGAUUUUAUAUUUUAAGAAAAAGAAAAAAAGAUGCUGCCCUGGAGGAAUAUACUACCUUACUACACAGAGGUUGGAAGGAAGUUUGUUUUGGAGCAAAACCUGCCCCUUUCCGAGCGAAGUAGAGAUGCAGUGCUUACUCCACUUGGUGUUAGUAGAUAUUGCCUUGUGUAUUCCAUUUUAAAUUGUAAUUUAGUUUGUAAAAGAGAUGGUGACGCAUGUAAAUAAAGCAUAAUGGAUCUCUACAUUGCA